UCUAGCUUUCGUUUGUUUUUCAUUUGAGUGGUCUCAAACAUCGCAUCUCUAAUCUUCUAUUUGUCAAUCUGUGUGUACUGUUAUUAGAUUUGUGUGUUGUCCUCCGUUCGGUGAAAAGAAUCAAUUUGCCACUCGCUCUGUGUCGGUGCAGGCUCCCAAAUUACAUUCAGUCUUUUAAGUCUUUUAAACUCUUAACGGACGCGCAAACAGUAGUUUCCGGCUGAAUGCUAAAGGGGUACCUAUAAUCUGGGUAGUGUGGUGGUGAUUAGAAAAAAAGAAUGGAACUUGUUAAAGUUGUUUUCCUUCGGCACGGGGAAAGUGAGUGGAAUAAAUUAAAUUUAUUUUGUGGAUGGCACGAUGUUGAUUUGAGUGAAAAAGGUAAAUCUGAUGCCUCAACUAUCUCGGCUGCAACUCUACAACAACAUGAUUUAAAAUUUGAUAUUGCAUUCACGUCAGCAUUGAAGCGUGCCCACCAAUCAUUGGAAAUUGUUUUAAAUGCUUUAGAAUGCUCCAAGAUUCCAAUCCAUUCGACUUGGCGAUUAAAUGAGAGACAUUAUGGUGAUUUGACUGGACUCAAUAAGAGACAAAUGGCUGAAAAGUAUGGCGAAAAGAAGGUACAAAUAUGGCGCAGAAGCUUUAAUGUACCUCCACCUGUUAUGGAUGCAUCGUGUCCUUAUUAUGAGCCAAUAAGAAAUAAUCCGAAAUUUGUUGAUAUACCAGCUGAAGAGUUUCCAGAUACUGAAACACUUGAAUCGGUAAUGCAUCGUGUUGUACCAUAUUGGGAGAGUGAAAUUACUAAAGAAAUUAAAAAUCGGAAAAGAGUGCUGGUUUUGGCACAUGGAACAAUUAUACGAGCAAUUGUUAAACAUAUUGAAGGGAUCUCAGAUGAAAAAAUAAGUACCAUUAAUAUACCAAACAGUAUACCAUGUGUCUAUAAUUUUGAUAUUUCUACCAUGAAACCUGUUGGUCCAAUGGAAUUUUUGGCGGAAGAAAGCUAUCUUCAGGAUCAAUUAAGAAAAACUGCAUCAAUUGGAAAUUGAACAAAAAAAAAAAAAAAAAAAAUGCUAAAUAUUCUAUAUUUUUAUCCAAAACAAAAUGUAUAAAUGUGAUGUGUUUUUUGUAGUUUUAAAAAUUAUUUAAUAAAAUCUGUAAGUGUAUCUAGAA